ACUAACACAAAUAACCUCACACAGUUAUUCCAAGAUAAACACUUUGCAGUGUUUCACAAGUUCUUGAAUAUUCUCUCAUAUUUUUGUGUGCAGUUUAAUUUAUUUUUUAUAAUUCCUUCUGAUAAUUUAUCUUUGUCCUUCAUGCUAUUUUGUGCCAUUGAAGCCAUUUGUGGCUUCCAGCUGUUUUAUAAUCUCCCUAGGUAAUUGAGACCUAUUAGUAAAUAAACCUCUGAACUAUUUAAUGAGAUAACAGGUUUAGUUAAUUAAAAGUUUAGUGGGACAGCCCUAUAAAUGUACCUGCAAUCAUAUUUUGUGGCCAUAAAGCUAAGGUGCGCAAUCAAGCAGAAUACGGAGUAGCAAAUGCAAUUCUGACACUUUUUAAUAAGCAAAGAUGAAGCACGGACGUGUUACAGAGCUCCCAGAGGACUUCUAUAUCCCCAUCCCAUUAGACACAAACAACAUUACCUCUCUUAGUCCCUUCCUUAUUCCUCAGGACCACUUAUCAAAUCCUGGCACAUUUUAUGCAAUGUCCGUUUUCAUGUUUUUCAUAUUUACCGUGGGCACUUUUAUUAAUGCUCUUACUGUUGCGUGCACCAUUCAAUACAAAAAGCUGCGAUCCCACCUCAACUACAUCCUGGUAAACCUGGCCAUCUCCAACCUUCUUGUGUCCAUGGUGGGCUCCUCCACUACAUGCGUCACUUUUGGAUUCAGAUACUUUGUCUUUGGACCACUGGUAUGUAAGAUCGAAGGCUUUCUGGUGACACUUGGAGGUAUGGUGAGCCUGUGGUCUCUUACUGUGAUUGCCUUUGAGCGAUGGCUUGUCAUCUGUAAACCAGUGGGGAACUUUAUCUUCAAACCAGAUCAUGCAGCCGCUUGCUGUGUUUUCACUUGGGUCAUUGCAUUAGUUGCAUCUGCACCUCCACUAUUUGGAUGGAGCAGGUACAUCCCUGAGGGACUACAGUGUUCAUGUGGUCCAGACUGGUAUACAGCCAAUAACAAGUACAACAACGAAUCCUAUGUGAUGUUUCUCUUCUCCUUCUGCUUUGCUCUUCCCCUCUUUGGCAUCUGUUUCUGCUAUGCUCAGCUGCUACUUACAAUGAAAAUGGCGGCUAAAGCACAGGCUGAGUCUGCCUCUACCCAGAAGGCUGAACGGGAGGUCACCAGGAUGGUGGUGGUCAUGGUGGUGGGCUUCCUGGUGUGCUGGUUGCCCUAUGCCACUUUUGCCCUAUGGGUGGUCAACAACCGAGGGGAAACUUUUGAUCUGAGACUGGCCUCAAUCCCCUCUGUGUUUUCUAAAUCUUCUGCUGUCUACAACCCAGUCAUCUACAUAGUCCUCAACAAGCAGUUCCGCUCUUGCAUGAAGAAGAUGCUGGGGAUGAGUGGAGGAGAUGAUGAAGAUUCCACUGCAGCUUCUUCUGUGACAGAAGUGUCUAAGGUUGGCCCAGCUUAA